CUCUCCCUACGUCGCUUUCUAUCUACCCGACUAUCUGUUCGCUCGCAAUCGACUAGGAUAAUGACCCGCGUGCAAAUACCCGAGAAAAUGGAGAUACACCUCACAGACGCGGAGAACGAGAUCUGCGCCUUGCUUGACGGCUGCACGAAAUGGAUGAAGGAACGGCAUGGAGUCGAGACUUCGUGCAGGAUUGCGGGAGGUUGGGUGCGCGACAAGCUGCUAGGUCUGCAGAGCAAUGACAUCGACAUUGCCCUUGAGCAGAUGAUGGGGCUGCCCUUCGCAGAAGAAUUUCAAGCCUACUGCGGAUCAGUAAUGAACAUUCCCAUAGAGAAAAUCGCCAAAGUCGAGCGCAAUCCUGAUCGGUCGAAGCAUCUUGAGACCGCAAAAGCCACGGUGCUCGACAUCGAGCUUGACUUCGUAAACUUACGGAGCGAGGAGUAUGCUGAUGAUAGCAGGAUACCUACCCAAGUCGCUUUUGGCACGCCUCUACAGGACGCACUCCGGCGAGAUAUGACUAUCAACGCGCUUUUCUACAACGUUCACUCGCGCGAAGUUGAAGAUCACACACAGAAGGGCCUCAGCGACUUGAAGGAUGGCAUCAUCAGGACGCCAUUGUCUCCGAAGGAAACUUUCAUGGACGACCCGCUUCGAGUAAUACGCUGUGUACGCUUUGCCAGUCGUUUUGGGUUUGAAUUAGUCCCAGAGUUGCAGGAGGCAGCGAGGGAUGCGGAGAUCCAGCACGCCUUGAGGGCGAAGAUUAGCAGGGAACGCGUCGGCGAAGAGUUAGACAAGAUGAUGAAGGGCAGGAACCCACUGCAUGCCAUCGAGCUUAUUAAUGAUCUUCGGCUGUACACCUCCAUCUUCUACAUUCCUCCACAUGUCGCCCCCGAGCUCUCGGCACCUCUUGGCUCGCCGAAGCUUGGACUGGCGGCUGCGUACAUCUUGGAGACCCUCACGCUCCCCGAGAAACAGCCCUCUACCAACCUUCCUGCGCUCCACCCCCUCCUUGCAGCUGCAGCAACAUACGAGUCCUCGACUCGGCCGCGACUGUAUCUCGCAUGCGCGCUAACACCGUACCGCGGGCUGACGUAUGAUGAUAUCAAGAACAAGUGUCAUCUCGCGGUUGAGGCUGCUAUUCGCAACGGCACGAAACUUGGCGCUCAGAACCACUAUCUGGACGGUAUACCAGUGCUUUUUACCGCCGCCGAGAUGCUCAAGAACCCGGUCAUCGGUGGCGAAGAUGAGCGCGUCAGGAUAGGCCUCCUCCUACGCAACAAGAACGUGCAUAACACGCACACAGGAUCCUACUGGGCGACAUCGCUUCUGUUCUCUCUCGUGCAAGAGCUCACUUCCUUCUGGGACACCUCGUGCAAAUCGCUCGACAUAGCCUUCGCCGCAUCGCGCAUCGAGGCGUACAAUACUUUUGUGCGUCGUAUAGAAGAGCUUGGACUGCCCGCAAUGGUGGACGCAAAGCCUCUACUGGGCGGGAAUGAAGUCGUGCGCGUGCUCGAUACCGGCCGGUCAGGGCCGUGGAUGAACGGAGUGCUCGCACGUAUCACUGAGUGGCAACUCAGACACCCGGAGGGUACCAAAGCGCAGUGUGAGGAAUGGCUUCGGAGUGAGCACGCGGCAGGGCGAAUAUCUUUCGACGUCGCGCCCGUGAAGCGUGUUAACAUUGAUGGAGGGGAGAAGCAGGAGAAGAAACUCAGGAAAUGAAGAGUGCCCCGGCGAUGCAGAUAAUAUACGUGUCAGACUUGUGCUCAGAUCCCAGAGCUAUAUCUUUCACGCAUGGACUGUUUACAGACAAGCUGAGAAGUAGUGAUGAUGUAGCAUGGCCCCCUUCGAUACAUGUGCAAGCAACAGUAGAUGGAUAUACGUGAGGACUGGCAAGACAAAUAGAGGUGGUAAAAGCAGACUACAGGCGAAAAGCGGGAGAAAGGGUAUGAUAUCCAAGCGAGAAAUGAUGAGGUUAUCAAGGCUAUCAAGGCCAUCAAGGCACAAGAGUUAUGUAGGUAAGACCCAAGCAUGCUAACGGGGACAAGGACAGUAGGUCCAUAUCAGGAGAUGUGACCGGGAUCGACCCGCUCAAAAUUUUCAAACCACUCCUCGAAUCUGGGCUCGAGGCCAUAGGAAGCAUAGGUGAACGAGUCCGAAUUGUACGACUUGGCGAGUAAGCCGAAGCCCUCGGGCGAGGUUGCCGGCUGCGGGUAGCUAAGUGCGCCGUACAUGGUCCCAGAGCUGCCAAAGCUGCCGCUGGAGGAUAGUGGCGACGCACCCUCUGGCAAGCGGAUGGAAGAGUGGACGCGCAGUUGCGGAGACGGCUGGCUGCAUGGCGCACAGAGGGGUGAGGAGGGCUGUGCUUUGAUCUGGAAAGGCGAGAGCUUCUCCACAAGGUCGCAUGACGAGGAGAACUGCCAGGAGGGGAGCGAUGGUGAGGGGAAGUGGCUAGGUGAUGGUGAGAACUGAUACAGCAGCGAGGACUGCAGGUGAAGAGGGGAUGAUAUGCUGCCAAGAGGCGAAAACUGCGGGAGAGGAGACACGACUGGGCCUGGGGCGCACCCAGUAAAGACAGAGCCGUCAAAUCUUGAGUCGUAGUCAAUUUGGGCAGCACCGAACGGCAUUCCGAGUGUGUUGGUACCCUCUGCUUGCAGUGUCUAAAUUGUGGCC